UGUUUCUAUAAAUCUGUGUAUACAGACGAAUUAAGUAUAAUUCACUGGUUCUUAAACACGAUUUUUUCCUCUUUUAUUUUAGCUUUCUGUAUACGUUUUCCCUUCCCUCCACAUAUUCCCAAUUUUCCCUCCCCAAAUUCUGAGUUUCCCUCUCCCUGUAGGCCUAAGUAUUUCCGUCCCCCUCCCAAAUCUCCAAAAUUUGGAAUCGAUUUUCCUAAAACUCAAAAACCCAUUCGAACCUAACUGCAAAAUUCAGAAGCUCGACUCUAAUCCAUCAACAACAGGAGGUCAGUAGGAGGUUUUCAGCGGAGGAGAGGCAGUGGCGUGCUGCUUGGCUGAGUGAAAUGGAGGCUUCUGUUGAGGAUCUGGUGGCGGAGAGGCAGUGCCGUUACUGAGAGAAAAAGAAGGUUGAAGAAUUUGCUCCAAAAAUUCAACAGGUACUUUGUAAAAAGUCCUGGCUGCAUCAAAUCAUUUUGUCACCAACCAAGUUUUGGCCAUGGGAAGAUGGUACUAAUUCCUUGGCUAUGGCCAAAAGAAGAAGUAAGAUACAUAUGUUUUCCACUAAUUACUUUGAUUAUUGGUAAUUUUAUGCUGAUGCAAAUUCCCCUUUUGAUACAAAUUACAAUGAGAGCCAAUUUUGAGUUCAUAAACAAGCUUGGAGUUGAUAAGUGGUGUUUCCACGACAGGGAUAUAGCUCCUGAUGGCAAAACUCUGGAGGAAACCAAUGCAAAUUUGGAUGAAGUGGUAGCUCUUGCCAAAGAGCUUCAGGGAAGCAAAAUCCGUCCUUCAUGGGGUACAGCCCAGUUGUUUGUACAUCCUCAUUACAUGCAUGGUGGUGCUACCAGCUCUGAAUUAGGAGUUUAUGCAUAUGCUGCUGCUCAGGUCAAGAAAGCCAUUGAGGCAAGAUUUCUUGAAACUAUUGUUGCCUACAAGAAGAAGAUUGGAUUCAAUGGUUUAGCAUUAAGGGCCAACGGAUUUUAUGUUCUUUUAGGUGUUGUUAAAUUUGAUCCAAAAACUGUUUCUGCACCUGGGUUUUCUAAAAGGUUUUAAAUCUCUUUCACAUGCCUUUUUUGUCUUCGUGAUACUAUUACAAAAUUAUGACAUGUUCUUCUAUUGGAAGUCCCACUUAGUUUCUUAUGUAUUUUGGUAUGCUAAAUUAAUCUUCCUUAUGUUAGCCUAUUCCCCAUUGAGAUAAAUACCUUUCAUCUUUAUAUUUUUUUUACUUAAUAGUAUUCAGGCAUAUCUAUGGUUUUUCAAAAUCUACAUUAUGCAUUUAUGCUUUGGCCUUGUUUUAUCUUAUUGCAUACUUUAUAAUUGAUUGGGAAUUAAUGGAGCUUUCUAGUACCUGUUCUGUUAUGCCAUGGUAAUUAUAUCUGGAAACAUAGAAUUCUAUCUUGAGAUUUUUUGUUAUCUGUUAUUUAAUAGGCUAACAACCUCUGCAAUAAUUGAAAGAGUUCCAAGCAAAUGGCCACGUCCUGUAUGGCAUCCUCCAUGGAAGAACUGCAGGGUAAGAAGCUUAUACUUUAUGAUAGGGUGGAUGGUAAAAGAAUUGUUUGGGUAUUUUCUAAGGGUGAUAGUCACAGCUAGUUGAAUAAUAAGUUCUGUUGAUCGUUUCUUUGUCUUCUUCUUUUUUAAAUGUCUUGGAGCUAAUAUAAGUAACAUAGAAUUUUCUUUAUUCACUUUGAUGAUUGGAGUAUAUUUAGCUUAAAAUUAGUUAUCAAACUUUUUGCAUCUAUAUCUUUUGCAUCCACCCAGCUGAUUACUGUCCACCCUCAUUUUCAAUUAGUUAGUCAAAGUAAUGUUAGGUUUAGGCAUGCAUUACACGCAUCAGAACAUAGAUUUUUUUUUUUUUUUUGGGUCAACGAUAUCAUAACACAGUUGGUCUGUAAAGGUAAAGGUUUAUACCCAUGGUGGAAUUUUUAAAAAAAUUUUUAGGGUCUACACCAACGGAAUUAUCCAUCAGUAAAUGUAUAGGUCUAUG